AAUCUACAAGAAAGUUCUCUUUAAUAUUUUGUCAGUUUCAUAAUAGAGGAAGCAACAUGUAUACUAUAAUAGAACUAGUAUAUAACUUACAUUUAAAUAUUUGUAUAUAUCUAUGUCCCUAGUUCAUUCCAUUCAUUAUCAACCAUGGAAGCUCCUCCUUUGCACUUAGCUAUGUUUCCAUGGUUUGCUAUGGGACAUUUCACACCAUUUCUUCACCUCUCUAACAAAUUAGCACAAAGAGGACACAAAAUCUCAUUCUUCAUUCCCAAAAAAACACUCAACAAGUUACAGCAUCUAAACCUUCAUCCACAUCUUAUAACAUUUUUCACUAUCAAUGUUCCUCAUGUUGAUGGUCUUCCUUAUGGUGCUGAAACAACUUCAGAUGUCCCCUUUUCUUUAUUCCCUCUUAUUGCUACAGCCAUGGAUCAAACUGACAAAGAAAUUGAACUUCUUCUAAAGGAACUAAAACCACAAAUAGUUUUCUUUGAUUUUCAAUAUUGGCUCCCAAACUUGACUAAAAAACUUGGCAUCAAAAGUGUUCAAUACAUGAUAAUAAAUCCAAUGACAACAGCUUACCUUGGAACUGGACCAAGACAAAGCCAAGGAAGAGAGUUAACUGAAGCUGAUCUCAUGAAACCACCGUCAGGCUUCCCUGGUUCAUGCAUCAAGUUUCAUUCAUACGAACUUCGAUACCUAGCUUCAAUAGGGAAUGUUGUAUUUGGAAGUGGUGUUUUGUUAAUGUAUCGUUUGGACACAGGUACAAGUUUGGCAGAUGCAAUUGGUUACAAAGGAUGCAAAGAAAUUGAUGGACCAUAUGUUGAAUAUCUUAGAACUAUUUAUGGAAAGCCUGUUCUGCUUUCAGGUCCUCUUUUACCAGAGCCAACCUUAUCUAGUUUAGAGGAAAAAUGGGUAUCAUGGCUUAAGGGAUUCAAACUUGGUUCUGUGGUUUAUUGUGCAUAUGGAAGUGAAAGUGCAUUAGAACAUAAUCAAUUCAAAGAGUUGUUGCUUGGUCUUGAGUUAACAGGUUUUCCAUUUCUUGUGGCUCUUAAGCCUCCAAUUGGAUUUGAGUCUAUUGAAGAGGCUCUCCCACAAGGGUUCAAUGAAAGAGUCAAAGGAAGAGGGAUUAUUUAUGGAGGUUGGGUGCAGCAACAAUUGAUUUUAGAACAUUCAUCUGUUGGGUGUUUUAUAACACAUUGUGGAGCUGCUUCUAUAACUGAGGGACUCGUUAAUAUGUGUCAAUUGGUGUUGUUGCCUCAUGUCGGUAGUGAUCAUAUAAUGAAUGCAAGAAUGAUGAGUGCAAAGUUGAAAGUUGGUGUGGAAGUUGAGAAAGGUGAAGAAGAUGGAUUGUUUACAAAAGAAAGUGUGUGUAAGGCUGUGAAUACUGUCAUGGAUGAAGAGAAUGAGGUUGGAAGAGAAGUUAGAGCAAAUCAUGCCAAACUGAGAAACAUCCUUCUUAGCAACAAUUUAAAAUCUUCAUGUGUUGAUAGUUUCUGUCAAGAACUUUAUGAUUUGGUCUAGCAUUUUUAGUUAUAAUAAUAAUAUUGAAUAUUGCUAAAUAAGUUUGUUUAUUAAUAAUAAGAAUGUACUAUUAAUUUCAGUAGAGUAAACAAUAUUCCAAUUCCAAAUCAUACAACACUUAUUUACUUGGUAUUUUGGACUUCCAGAUAAUUUUUAUUUGAAUCCAACCAGAUUGAUCAAAACAUACAGAUUUUUAUAUUGAAA